GUAUUGCUAAUGUAGAGCAGCAUUAAAACACUCCGCCUGUGUUAGAUACAUUGUCGUGAUACACCGAACAAUACAGCUGUCAUGUGUAACACGUUGGUGGUUUUACUGGUGGUUUGUACCACUGUCUGGGUACCAGCACUUCCAGCCAACCCUCUCAAAAUGAUCACCAACCGAUUACCUCGAAUGAGUGUCCAAGUGGAGCGACUGGAGCCCUGCCCCGACCCUGCUGACACGCCUAUCCAGUUCACCAACCUCGUUAUCAGCCAAGUCGGCCUCAACAGGUUCAUUAUCAGCGGCCAGAUAAACAUUACUGAGACUUUGGACCGACCCAUUCUUAUAGUCCUAGAGAUGUACAAGUGCGCCACAAAGGAUGACCCCAAUUCCUGUGAGUACUACUUCACCUUUAGAAAGAACAAAAUUUGCGACAUGCUCGACUCCAAAGAAGAAACCUGGAGCUACUUCACCAAAGGCACCGACCUACCUGAAGCCUGUCCCUUUCCCCCGAAGGUGUACAAUAUUCGGGAUGCUGAAAUGAAUCUAAAGGAUCUCAGAUCUAUUCCAAUUUACUCGUCCCAUUGGAGACUAAUUAACAAAGCAUAUAUGAACGAGAAACUGAUGUUUUGUUUGAUAUCUGAAUUUACGCUCCAGACCACGAAAGGCUAACAAAACUAUAAGGGAAAGUAAAAACACAUUUACUGUUAGAUUUUCUUCGAUACAUAUACAUUUUCUGUGUUAUGCCAAUUAAUGCCCAUACACAAAAAUUCAAAUUCAAAUUCAAAUUCAAAUGACUUUAUUUGUAUUAUAUAUACAAAAGGGCGAAUUUAGGGCCAUAAGGCCCUGUCUUACAAUUAACCCUAAAUGUGAUAUGAGAAUUGUCAUGACUAUUGUAA